CAAGCACAUAGAGACCCUUUAAAAACCAAUGUACCUUUGAUAAUUGUCUUACUUGUUUUUCUUCUUUCCUAACUCAUAUUAGGGUUAUGUUUUUCUAUACACCGUUUUGUUGCAAUAGUUAUUUGCAUGCAUAAGUUAAUUUAAAGUAAAUAAAGUAAAAAUGAACACAGAGCCGUCGCCAUCUGAAAAUAAGGCAGAUGGGGAAUCGGGUCCUCACAAUAAAGAUGAUCCUCAAGGGGAAGCUUGGGGUUACGAUUUGUAUCCUGAAAGGCGGGGAACAUUUACUCCAAAAAUGACAAAUAUAUUAUUGGGAAAAGAGGGUAAAGAGGGCAUAGAAAAGUUUAAAUGCGAAAAAAAUGUGUACCAUUGUGUAAAAAAUAGUCCAAUUGUGAAAACUAUGAUGGCAGCUCUCAAAAGUUCUGGUUGUCCUAUUGAUAUUAGAAGACACAUAUCAUGUGAAGUUUGUGACUAUUCUGUUAGUGGCGGUUAUGAUCCCCAGUUGAAUCAAAUUGUAGUAUGCCAAAAUGUAUCUACAAGAAAAGGAAUGGUGCAAGGUGUAUUGACCCAUGAAAUGAUCCAUAUGUUUGACUAUUGUCGAAACCAAUUGGAUUUCAAAAAUAUGGAACAUUUAGCAUGCACUGAGAUUAGAGCAGCUAACUUGACUCACUGUUCUUUUGUGAGUGCAUGGUCACAAGGAGAUGCUUCUUGGGGUAAAAUAAAAAAGGCACAUGAGGAUUGUGUCAAAACUAAAGCAUUGUAUUCAGUACUUGCUGUAAGACAAAUUGGGAAAGUGGAUGCAGUUGCUGUAAUUGAAAAAGUUUUUCCAAAGUGUUACAAUGAUAUGGAACCCAUUGGUCGCAGGAUACGAAGAAACUCUGAAGACAUAUUCAGAGUGCAAAGAGAUGCAACAUAUUAUGGUUAUACAUAAAUAUGUAUUUAAAAUACUGUUGUUAGAGUAGAGUGUAAGACUAUAGUGAACUUUAUGAAAAAAUAAUACUAUUUGAUAA